AUGGAACUUUGUCGUGUCAUUGCAAUUAUUCGUCAUGGGGAUCGUACUCCCAAGCAGAAGAUGAAGAUGGAAGUGAAACACCCAAGGUACUUCUCAUUAUUUCUUCAGGUUUUUUGCUCUGAAAAACAUGGUGGCUACAAGACAGGGAAAUUAAAACUCAAGCGACCUGAGCAGCUCCAGGAGGUGCUGGAUAUCACAAGGCUGUUGUUGGCUGAACUGGAGAAAGAACCAGGUGGUGAGAUCGAGGAGAAGACUGGAAAACGGCAGCUGAAGUCUGUAUUGGAGAUGUAUGGUCACUUCUCAGGUAUAAACUGGAAGGUACAAUUGACUUACUACCCUCAUGGAGUAAAAGCGUCUAAUGAGGGGCAAGGUAAGAUGUAUGAGGCUCUGGCCCCAUCCCUGUUGCUGGUGCUGAAGUGGAAUGGAGAACUGACUCUAGCUGGCCCUGUUCAGACUGAGAAGCUGGGGCAAGCUUUUCGCUGCAUGUACCCUGGAGGACAGGGUGACUAUGCUGGCUUCCCUGGUUGUGGGCUGCUUCGUCUCCAUAGCACUUUCCGCCACGACCUCAAGAUCUAUGCCUCUGAUGAGGGUCGUGUUCAGAUGACUGCUGCUGCCUUCGCCAAGGGCCUUCUGGCUGUAGAAGAGGAGCUGACACUCAUUUUAGUGUAAAUGGUGAACAGUGCCAACAUGAAUGGGCUACUGGACAGCGAUGGGGAUUCCUUGAGCAGCUGCCAGCACCGGGUGAAGGCUCAGCUGCACCAUAUUUUACAGCAGGAUGCGCCCUUUGGCCCUGAGGACUACGACCAGGUCAUGAACAUGCAGUACACGGGGAACCUGGACCUCAUCCCCUUGCGGGGACGGCGCCGCAGGAGGUCGGGAGACCUCCCCCGGCCUUCCCCAGCCAUCGGCCUACAGCCCCGGGCUGUGUCCACCACUCACCUGGCAUCCUGCACACAGAGCCUGUUUGAACAUGAAAGGUGGAGGAAAUUACUGUAUAGAGGAGAGGUGCUGAAUUCCUGGGUUGGAAUCAUCAGCCAUCUGAACUUCCUGAUUGCUCUGGUGACCCCGAAAUCCUGGGACCCCUGA